AUGCUGGGCGUCAGUGACACGGUGCUCGCCUCGGCCACGUUGCCGGUCCGCUCGGCCGCCCUGAUCGAGGUCGGCGACGCGCUGCUGCUCUUCCUCACCAUCGUCUAUGCCGAGAUGAAGGACGGCAAAGUGAAGCGGUUCGUGCUCGGUGCCGCUGGACUUGUCGGGCUCGUCGAGCCGUUCUUCCACUCGUUCCUCGGCCACCUCGUCACGUUGACUGAAGGACCGGCUGAUGAGGUGGAAUAUGAUAUCGUCGUCCAAGACGCGGCCCACAUGUCCGCCUACCAACGUCUCGACGACCCGUACGCCGACGAGGCGAAGCAG